UGAGAACGAGAGACAGCGGCGAAUGGAGUGGGAUAGGUCACUGGGAUAAAUAAGUUAAAGAAAACAAGCGUAGACGUUAGGAAGCAGUGAGUUCGAGUUGGAAACUUUUAUUUGCGCUUUAUGAUUCUUUUCUGUGGACAAGGGAGUGCCGUCAGCGGCUGACUUACGGAAUGACUUGUGAACAAGAGCACGCCGGAAACUCCAGAAGACUUUACGGUAGAAGAGCAGCAGAGCCUGUUUAUCUGCUGUAACUCCUCCCUCUGACAACCAGACAGCCUCUAUGCACAUCAACCUGAGUGUGGCCAUCAAAGAAUCGUGUGCCUUUCAUGGAAGUCAGUCCGCCAACUGCGCAGUUACCUCUGAUGCUGUGGAAGUGACAGCGAUGGAGUCAUGUCAGGGGCUGGUCACCCCUCCGCCACCCCCACCUCCUCCUCCUCCUCCUCCUCCUCCUCCUCCUCCUCUACCUGCAUCCUCCUCACCUUUUAGUCAAGCAGACAACAUCCGCCGAAGUCGUCUGAGGAAGCUGAACUGGGAUUGCAUCCCGAAAGAGAAAGUAGAGGGAAGAAAGAGUGUGUGGAGCGGGGCGGCCCCUGGGGAGGAUGAAUUCCCCAUAGACCUCCAUUCUCUAGAUGAGCUGUUUGGUCAGAAGGACAGCAAGACCCGGGACAGAACCAGCACCCUGAGGCGGCGGUCUGCUCUGCUGUAUCACAGAUCCUCACAGGAUAACUCUGGAGAGAUUUCCCUGUUGGACUCUAAACGCAGUAUGAACAUUGGAAUAUUUCUACGACAGUUCAAGAUGCCUGCUAAGGAGAUAGUUGAAGAUAUCAGACAUGGUGCUGGAGAUCGUUAUGGAGCAGAGAAGCUCACAGAGCUCUGCAAAUUACUGCCUGACAAUGAGGAGGAGUCUCGCCUGAAGAUGUUUAGUGGGGACCGGAUCUGCCUUGGAGAGCCGGAUCUUUUCAUGCUGCUGUUGGUGGAAGUUCCCAGUUUUCGGCUUCGUCUGGACGCCAUGAUUCUGCAACAAGAGUUUGACCCAGCUGUGACCUCUCUGUGUGUGGCAGCCAGAUGUUUGAGGGAGGCGGCCAGAGAAUUGCUGAGCUGUCCAGAGUUACACUCCAUCCUCCGUUUAGUGCUGAAAGCGGGAAACUAUAUGAAUGCUGGUGGAUAUGCAGGAAAUGCUGCUGGUUUUAGGAUAUCAUCGCUACUCAAACUGGCUGACACCAAAGCCAACAAGCCGGGCAUGAAUUUGCUGCAUUUUGUUGCUAUGGAAGCUGUGAAAAAAGACCAGAGUUUACUGUCGUUUCCUAGCCAACUAGGCCAUGUUGGCUCCGCCUCCAGGUUGAGUGAGGAGGCUGUGCUGGAUGACUUAUCAAAGCUAAAAAAUAGAGUGGCUGCCCUCAAGAUGGAUAUGCAGACUGAGGCAGAGAUUCAGCAGCAUACACAGUCUUUUCUGGAGAUGGCGGAAGAGCGUCUGAAAGAAGCAGAUGAUGAGAUGGAGGGUAUGAGGAUGUCGAGUCAAGCUCUAGUAGAGUUCUUCUGUGAAGAUGACAGCACUUUCAAACUAGAUGAAGCUUGUAGGGUCUUCCAUUUGUUUUGCUAUCGCUUCCAAAGAGCUGUCCAGGAGAAUGAAGACCGGGAGCUGAAGGAGCAGAAACGUCUGGAACGUCAGCGUGAGAUGAUGAAAAAGCGUCGGUCGCUGGCUGUGUGUACAGGCUGGAUCUGGCUUGAGGUCUUGCUAGAGAGCCUCAACCAGGAGAACCAAGAUGAGCUGGAGAAACUUCUAGAGAAGAACUUGAGGUACUCUUGGAGUCGUCGUAGUCUCAGGAGUUCUGAUUCUCGCAGAUUCACACACCUCCAAAAUGACACUCAUCCCCACAACUCUUCCCUGCUCAAGAACUUUCCUGUGUUGGGCAGUAGCCCAUCAUCAACCUGCUGUCACUCUAACAGCUCGUCUGACCAUGAGACCAGCGCUGUGCUCUGUAGCUCGCCAGACACUGAUGACACAUGCUCCUCUAUUGACCAAGAACCUGUUGUGGGCAGAUGGAGCAGAGUAACAAACCUGUGCAUGGAAGCAGUUAAAGACUCACACAUUGCAACAUUUAAUUCCUCUCAGCAUGGAAGUGGCUUCAUGGUGAAGCAAUUUGGGUCUGAGAGCAUUUCUUACAUGCCACAAAGCCAGCCAAAGGAAAAAGGAAUGAAAAAAGACACAAUUUUUUCUCAAGCAAUGGCUUCAAACAAUUCCAGAUCAGACUCUGCUACAAUAAAUACCAAUACACUGCCUCAGUGUGUCACAAGCCAGGCCUCCACUUACAGACAUAGGUUCGGCUUGCCAGUGACGGACAGUAAUUGUACUCUACAGGGUAAAACUGAGGGGUCUUUGGUCAGUGAUGCUGUACAACAGUCCAUUCAUACAAGUGGAAUACUUACUGAUAGUGACACUAACGCUGGGAUGUUGAAGUCUCAGAAGAGAUCCGAGACCAAAUCUCAACCCUCUGUAGGCGAAGUUCAGUCACAAUCGCAGACAAAAGACAAUCCAUCUGUGAAAACAGCAGUUGCAGUGCCUUUUUCUGAUGCAGCUUUAACAAAACAGACAGAUGCAGAAGUGGUUUCCACACCUGUAAAUGAGAACUGGAUGCCCUCCAGUUUACCCGAGUUCUGCCAGUCCCAUUUAGACGAGGCUUCUGAUUUUCCAAGUGCUGAGAAGGAGAUGGCAAGGCCCUACUUGCGUGUGGGUGAAUCUCUGGAGUGCCACACUCUAGUGAAAGGCCUCCGAUCCUACGAGGUGAUGUCGCCCCCAAACUCUCCACUCCCACGACCCACACCAAGCCUUUGCUCCAAGUGGAGGAAGGAAAGGGAGGUAGACAUUCGAGAGGGGACAACUUCAGCAUCUCCAGCAUCAAAGGAAGAUACUCGAAACAUGAAGAUCCCUGUUCGUAGUGGAAUCGGAGCCAAGUGGGGACUUGUGUCACGUGCUGCCCCCUCAAAUAGCACAGGCAUUCCUAGGGUGCGCUCUAAAACUGAGCAUUCAAAUGGAGCUCCGACCCUUACAAUCCCAUCUGCUCCUACACGGCCGUCUGUUCCUCGCAGUAUGUCUUUGCGUGCACCUCAUGCCUCUCAGCCAAAUGCUGCUCAGUCAGAGGUGAGACGAAGUAGCAGCACUCGGGAGAAAACUAUAAGUGAAGCGCAAACUCCAGGAAAGUCAGCCCUGGGCCGCAGGAGUUCAGACAGGACUGUACCACAGAAGGUCUCCGGCAGCACCCAGCCAGCCUUUAUCAGGGGUACCCCUGUCCGUGUGUCUAAACGCCUCGCCCCAAACUCCGAGACUCACAUUGCCUCUCUGCCUCGGACCACCCACAGCCCAUCCUCUGCUACUGCUAAGACCAUACGUACGGCUGUCAUAGCCGCUGCUCAAAAUAAAACCACCAAGACAACCACAAGCAACUCUCCUGCUAAUGCUAAAAACCCAGCUACUUCAAGAAUACCCGGUCCCAAAGUGUCUCGAGCUGCAGCAGCUCAGCCACUAUGGAGGUGAUGGAAGGACCUGCUCAAAUUUAUCAUUCAUGUUGGGUUAGGGUUAUUAUAUGUUCUGUUUGUCCUUGAGUAUUAAACUUCACUGUAGAUCAUCUGAAUUCAAUUUGAAUGAAAUCUGUAUGUAGAUUCGAGUGCUCGGGUAUAUAGGCUAUGUUAAAAGAAGCUGCACUGAGAGCAUUGGGGAUACGUAAUAUCUUGUGUUUCACACAGUAGCAGGAAUAAUCGAUCUUCUACAAUCUACCUCUUUUUUACACCCAUCUGUGUCCUUUGCAGGCAAUAGGACAGAAAAGAUGUCACUGUUGAUAUGUAGAACACUAAAAAAAAAAAAACAACAAAAAAAACAAACAUAAAAAAAAUCACCUGAUUAAAAUCUUACCAAGUGGACCCCACUCUGCUUGGAAAUAAUUAUAAUUUGGGAACUGUCCACUCUCUAGCUUGGAAAAGUAGUUUUUUUUUUCCUUUUUUUAGGAAGGUGUCCAAAUGUUGCUAACAUUGGCCCUUAUUCUAAAUCACCUGUGUUUUCAGGCUGAAUUUGGUACAAUAUUGAACUGUUCAUUCUCUUGGUUGGACGCCUCAUCAGUUUAGUGCACUUUACAAAUUGACAAGGAGGCUGUAAGGAGAUGGUUACUGUCAUUUUGGUCUUUUUUUAUUUUAUAAAAGAAUUCUAUAACUUUAUUGAAUAGCAUUAUUCACUAUAUUAUGUGAAUUUGUUACAAAGAAAGAUGAAUAAAAAUAAUGCU